AUGAGCAGCUCCCGAGCCGACAGCACCAUGUCAGAAGACUUUGCCAUUGUGGACCAUCCCCGCGCACUGCCGCUACGCCCUCGUUCAGUACAUGCUGGUGACCAUGCAGUUGCCGAAAUCCAUCCCCUCCAAGAUAUGGAAGCGUUCAUUGUGUCUGUUCAACCACCGCAGGUCCCAGAACAAGGUCUCAAACGCGCCUGUUGCGACAUUGUGCUCGUCAUCGACGUUUCUGGGAGCAUGUCGGCAGCGGCACCGCUCCCAGAGGUAGAGGACGAGAAUGAGAGGGAAGCAGCUGGGCUGAGCGUUCUUGAUCUCGUCAAACACGCUGCAAGAACCAUCCUGGAGACUUUGGAACAGGGCGACAGGCUGGGUAUUGUGACUUUCUCAGAUGAUGCAACGGUCGUCCAACCCCUUACGUUCAUGAAACCUGCCGAAAAGAAGGCGACAUGGAGCAGGAUCGAGAAGCUGCGUGAUGAUGCAUGCACCAACCUCUGGGCCGGCAUCCGCACGGGGUUGAACCUGUUCUCGGAGGCGCCGCUUGUGGACAACGUACAAGGACUCUACGUUCUGACCGAUGGCCAGCCAAAUCAUCUCUGUCCGAAACAAGGCUAUGUUGCAAAACUCGCCCCAAUGCUAGAGGCUGCAGCCCAUGACAGACCCGUCAUACCAACCAUUCACACGUUUGGAUUUGGCUACCAGAUUCGCUCCGGUCUGAUGCAGUCGAUUGCAGAGGUAGGCAGGGGAAACUAUGCCUUCAUUCCUGACGCGGGCAUGAUCGGAACGGUAUUCGUCCAUUCGGUUGCCAAUCUCUACACAACGCUCGGCAUGUCGGCUUCGUUGGAAGUUGAGCUAUCCAAGGACAUUUCGAUAGGAACGACAUCUGGAACGUUCGCUGCCGGAGAGCGAGGACACAUCCUCAACCUGGGAAACAUUCAAUACGGCCAAUCCCGAGACGUGGUGUUCGUGUGCCCAGAGGGUAUACCCGAAGACACGGCCAUCACUGUGACGCUCAAGUAUACCGUCGCCAACGGAGCUACCCGCGAGUCUCAGAGUUGUGCAAUGUUUUCUGACAAGACAGUGAAGCCUCACACCUGGGUGGAAUACCAUUUGCGCCGAGCACAGCUCUGUGGAUUCAUAUCCUCUCUCUUUCCCUUGAAGUCUGAUGGCCUGCGCAAAGACAACAUGGACAAAGGCUCUCUCGUCGAAGCACAGAAACGCCUGGGUGACAUUAUCAGCGUGAUGCGACAAUCUCCUAACAAAGAUGUACCUGAACUCAAGGCGCUCCUCGAGGAGCUCGUCGGCGACGAACCGGCAGGCCAGAUCUCCAAAGCCCUCACCUGGACGUCGGGCAAAAACUACUGGAAUAAGUGGGGUCGUCUCUAUCUGCCCAGCUUGCUCCACGCACAUCAGCGUCAGAUGUGCAAUUCAUUCAAGGACCCUGGCCCGUUGCUCUACGGCAAGGAUAGCCCACUCUUCAUCAAAUUUCGCACCGAGCUCGACACUGCUUUUGACAAUCUCCCGACCCCCAAGCCAUCUCGUCCCCCGAGGGUGGUGUACACGUAUAGCCCCACUGGUGAAGUUACGGGGACGAGAACCAUAGCGCACCGAAAUGUCAGUAUGAACAGCUACAACUCGUCUUCGGCACCUUGCUUUGAAGGCAAUUGCUCUGUUCUGAUGGGGGAUGGAACGACAAAGCAGCCAAUCAAGGACAUCAGAACAGGGAUGCUGGUGUGGACGCCCAAAGGGCCACGAAUGGUGGGUGCAGUUUUGAAGACGAGAGUCCAUGGCCAGGCGCAGACGCUGUGCCGCGUGGGCGAGUUGCUGGUCACCCCAUGGCAUCCAAUCAAAUACCAGGGACACUGGCGAUUUCCCAACGAUGUGGCCGAAAGCAGUGUGACAUUCGAGGGCAGUGUCUACUCAAUGUGCCUCGGCCCGUGCUUCGACCCUGACGGCCACGCGAUCCAAAUCGGAGGUCAAAUCUGUGUCACACUCGGCCAUGGGCUAGUCAAGAGCAGCCAAGACGACAUUCGUGGACACCCUUUCUUUGGUGAUUACGAGCAGGUGGCACUGAGCCUGCUGAGGCUACCAGAGGACAAUAAGGGGCGCUUGACAUGUGGUGGGAUGCUCAAGAAUGCUCAGACGGGCCUGGCUUGUCGAUUUUUGAGGCCGGCUCGGAUUUGGUACGGGCGUCAUCAAGAGUGGACGAGAGUGGAUGAACAUGAGAUGCCUUGCCUUAGCAGGGAAUCGCGCCUCUAG